UAAUUAAAAGUAUUCAAUUUUUCACUCAUGAUUUUUCAUCAUUAUGUUAUUUUUCUUAGAAGAUAAAAAUAAAAUAAAAAUCGCACUCAAGAGACGUAAAAGUGUUAUGUUUGCGCAUGCGUACAGAUCAGGCAGCCCGGUAAAUCGGGCAGCGCGAGCUAUUCCCGUACCGAGUUGUGCGUAAAACACGUACCAAACCUGCCGUAGGCCGCUAUGUGCUCGGAGUAAACUGCGUAGUUCGUACCAAGAAUAGCUCAUUUACGGCCGAACAACUGCGGCCGUGUAAUCGAACGUGCCGAGCCAAAAAGCCAACAUUUGAACAUUUUGUCGACAUAUCUCACGGUGUCACGGCGAAGCGGGUGUUGCUGGACAACAUCAAGAUGGGGAAGCUGGACCCGGAGGAAGUGACGCUUAGGAGGAUGAAGGAGGACGACAUCGAGACGGUGAAAGCUCUCGUCAAGGAAGGCUGUGAAGGUUCCGAGAACCGCCUCAUCCUUCACGUACUCACCCGGCCGCUCUGCCUCUUCCUCCUGGCCGUGCUCUCCUCCGCCCUGCGCUGCCUGCUCCACUCCUUCAUCCUGGCCCUUAGCACACCCGUGCUGCUGCUCACCAUCUACCUGAAGAUCACCCUGCCACGCUCCACGGGGGUUCUGGGCAGCAGCCGCCCCUCCUGGGACUACGUGGGCAGCAGCUUCCGGGGCACGCACGAGGAGUCGCUGCUCCGUCCUACUGGCGGGGCGAGGCGCAGGGUCGCGCCCGCAGACCAGGACGCAUCGGCGGGUAGCAUGGGCCCGGAGAGGCGGCGGGCGGCCGGCCAGGUGUGGUUGGCGGAGGCGGACGGCGAGAUCCUGGGCUGCCUCUUCAGGGAGAGCGAGAAGCGCCCGGGUGUCAGGAGGUUCUGCCGGCUGGUGACGGGGAGCUGGCACCGGCGGGAGGGUCUGGCUCGCCUCCUGGUCCACAGUCUGGAACGCAAGGAGAAGGAGGAGGGGGUGCGGCGGGUGUACGCGCACGUUCCUUACCUCUCCCAGGUGGGCCAGGCGGUCUUCAAGAAACUGGGGUAUCAGCCGCUCGGUGAGGGCGAGCAGGAGGAAGAACAGCCGGAGGCUCCAGAAAAAGGAUUUCUGGGAUACCCCGUCACUAAAGUCUUCUACAAAGACUUGUGAUGCAGGACCCGUUUAUUGGGAGAGUGGCAUUGCCAGCAACCGGAGGGUUCCUGGUUCGAUCCCCACCUUCUACCAAUCUCGUCAUGUCCGUUGUGUCCUUGAACAAGACACGUCACCCUUGCUCCUGAUGGGCGGUGGUUAGGGACCCCCCGCCAUCAAUGGGUGAAUGUGUGUGUGAAUGUGUGAGUGAAUGUGUGUGUGUGUGUGUCCGUUGUGUCUUUGAGCAAGACACAUCACCCUUGCUCCUGAUGGGUGGUGGUGAAUGUGUGUGUGUGUGUGUGUGUGUGUGUGUGUGUGUGUGUGUGUGUGUGUGUGUGUGUGUGUGUGUGUGUGUGUGUGUGUGUGUGUGUGUGUGUGUGUGUGUGUGUGUGAAAAUGGGUGAAUUUGUGUGUGAAUGUGUGAGUAAAUGGAUAUGUGUGUGUGGGUGGGUGUGUGUGUGUGUGUGUGUGUGUGUGUGUGUGUGUGUGUGUGUGUGUGUGUGUGUGUGUGUGUGUGUGUGUGUGUGUGAAUGGGUGAAUUUGUGUGUGUGUGAAUGGAUGAGUGUGUGAAUGGGUGAAUUUGUGUGUGUGUGUGUGUGUGAAUGGGUGAAUUUGUGUGUGUGUGAAUGGGUGAAUUUGUGUGUGUGUGUGUGUGUGUGUGUGUGUGUGUGUGUGUGUGUGUGUGUGUGUGUGUGUGUGUGUGAAUGGGUGAAUUUGUGUGUGAAUGUGUGUGUGUGUGUGUGAGAGAGAGUGAGUGAAUGGGUCAAUGUGUGUGUGAAUGGGUAAAUUUGUGUGUGUGCGUGUGUGUGUGUGUGUGUGUGUGAAAGGGUGAAUUUGUGUGUGAAUGUGUGAGUAAAUGGAUGUGUGUGUGAAUGGGUGAAUUUGUGUGUGUGUGAAAGGGUGAAUUUGUGUGUGAAUGUGUGAGUAAAUGGAUGUGUGUGUGUGUGUGUGUGUGUGUGUGUGUGUGUGUGUGUGUAUGUGUGUGUGUGUGUGUGUGUGUGUGUGUGUGUGUGUGUGUGUGUGUGUGUGUGUGAGAGAGAGAAUGGGUGAACGUGGAAAUAGUGUCAAAGCGCUUUGAGUACCUUAAAGGUAGAAAAGUAUAACCCAUUUACCAUUUGAUCAUCAUUUCAUAACAUUCUGUGGGCACCGAUCCAGUCGAUGUGAACCGAUUCAGAAUCGAUUUUCAAUUCAAACCCAUUACAGCUAUCUAUUAUUUGGUGUAAUUAGGCUCCGGCACACA